AUGGAUCCAGACCGCGAAAUCUUUGGUCCACUUGUGGACAUUACGGCAGAGUCUCUCGUCCUUCUCGCUUCGAACAUCGCAAAUCAACGCCUGCAUGUGCCAGGCUCUGGCGGCAAGCUUGUUGCACGAAUCGACGGAUCAUACAACAUCAUUCACGUUGUUGAAUUGGAAGGUAUCAAGCUCGUGAUCCGCGUUCCGGCUACGGGCUGGGGCUCUGGAAUGACACCGAUCGCGGCACACGCCAUGGAAUCACAAGUUGCCACGAUGCGCCUCAUUCGGAACAGAACUACGAUUCCAGUCCCAGAGAUAUACGCUCUAGACACGACCGACAACAACGAGAUCGGCGCGCCGUACAUAUGCAUGAGCUUUAUACCCGGGAAAACAGUGUCCGAGGUUUGGUCUGACCACUCAGGCACCGUGCCGAGAGAAGAAUUGCGCCUCAGGAUCCUGACAAGUCUGUCGCGGACCAUGGCUCAAUUCUCUUGUCUGACCUUCGACCAGAUGGGGUCCAUUAUGGACGACGGAUCUGGCGCGACCCGGGAAGAUGGCAGGCUUCAGGUUGCCGCGUCAGGUCCUUUUGACUCUAACUCUGGCUUUCUUGAAAAAAGUUCAAUCCCAAGCUCCAACGAAGAUGUGUGGGACACGGCGGAGACAAAGGUGCUGGAAGCCAUUAGGGACAGCCUACCAGCCCUUGAUUCUCCUCCUGGCUUUGUUCUCUGUCUCCCCGAUUUCGACUCCCAGAAUGUCCUGGUGGAUGACGAGGGUAGUGUCACCGGACUCAUUGACUGGGACCUCGCCCAGACAAUGCCACGAUUUGUGGGAUAUGCCAGAUACCCAGGAUGGAUCACGCGCGAUUGGGACCCUCUGAUGUACGGUUGGUCAAAGAUGGCCGAUUCGGAGGACACUCCAGAGACAUUAGAACGGUACCGAGCAUAUUACAACACGGAGCUCGGCAAGGCGCUUAAGUGGCAGGGUGACUGGAAGUUCACGGAGAAAUCGCACAUUGCAGAGGCAAUAUGGAUUGCCACGCUGAGCCACCACAAUCGUCUAGAGAUAUGUCGUAGGUUUGUUCAGGUUGCUGCGGGCAGUGACAUUGAAGCCUUAGAUGUCCUCUACGACAUUGGGGUGGGACGCUAUGGUGAGGAGGAUUGGUGUAUCUUGGAAGCCAACCUGAAGCGCUCAAUAUGCUGA